AUGUCGCAAGCAGCAACCUCCUCGACAGCAACAUCACCAGCUCCAAACAAUCACGACAAUUCAUGGAAGAUUGGACUUCGCCCACCACCAAAAGAUCUGCGCCCACAAACCGAAGAUGUAACGGCGACAAAGGGCACCGAAUUUGAAGACAUGAAUCUCCGCCGCGAACUACUCAUGGGCAUUUUUGAAGCCGGAUUCGAAAAGCCUUCCCCAAUUCAAGAGGAAGCUAUUCCUAUGGCCCUCAGCAAACGAGAUAUCCUCGCCCGUGCUAAGAACGGUACGGGUAAAACUGCAGCAUUCGUUAUACCAUCUCUUCAACGAGUCGACCCCACUUUGAACAAGAUUCAAGUCUUACUUCUCGUGCCUACACGAGAACUGGCACUACAAACAUCACAGGUAUGCAAGAUACUAGGGAAACAUAUGAGGGUGCAGGUCAUGGUUACGACCGGUGGAACGACCUUGAAGGACGAUAUCAUGCGGCUGAGCGAGACGGUGCAUGUCCUUGUAGGAACACCAGGAAGAAUUUUGGAUCUUGCUGGGAAGAAUGUUGCAGACCUCAGCGAGUGCCCUGUUUUCGUGAUGGACGAAGCCGACAAACUGUUGUCGCCCGAGUUUGCGCCGGUUAUGGAGCAGCUAUUAGCCUAUCUACCUGCACAGCGGCAGGUGAUGCUUUUUAGUGCUACUUUCCCAAUGAUUGUCAAGGAUUUUAAGGAUAAAAACAUGAGGCAACCAUACGAGAUUAACUUGAUGGAAGAACUUACUUUACGUGGUGUCACGCAAUACUAUGCCUAUGUCGAAGAGAGACAGAAGGUUCACUGUUUAAAUACCCUUUUCUCGAAGCUCCAAAUCAAUCAAUCCAUCAUAUUUUGCAACUCUACCAACCGGGUUGAACUUCUCGCGAAGAAAAUCACCGACCUCGGCUACUCUUGUUUCUACUCGCACGCCAAAAUGCUUCAGUCUCACCGAAAUCGCGUCUUCCACGACUUCCGCAACGGCGUCUGCCGAAACCUCGUCUGUUCAGACCUCCUCACGCGUGGUAUCGAUAUCCAAGCCGUCAACGUUGUCAUCAACUUUGACUUCCCAAAGAAUUCCGAGACUUAUUUACACAGGAUAGGACGAAGUGGAAGAUUUGGUCACUUAGGUUUGGCAAUCAACCUUGUGACAUACGAGGACAGGUUCAACCUGUAUAGGAUUGAACAGGAGUUGGGAACAGAGAUUCAGCCUAUUCCCCAGAUCAUUGAUAAGGGAUUGUACGUUGCACCUAGCGCGACAGAAGAGGAGAGACAGGUUCAACAGCAGGUUCAACAACAGCAGAGGGUUCGCCAACAGGAUCAGGUUGUAUACCAGAGUAAUGGGAUUCAACCUCAAGGUGGUGCUUACCGUGGUGUUCCGGCGGCGGCACGAUGA